AUGACUACUCAAUUCGAGAUCAGCUUCCGCCAGUGGAUACCGAGUGUAUCCAAAGUCGGCGUCAACGGCUUUGGAGAAGAAAGCAAAUACGUACCUGCCACAAAACUCACGGCGUAUUGGUCUGAAGAGCAACUACUACACGAUAUCAUAGAUGCUAUAAAUCCAGUCUUGUCAGUACCUUACGGAACGAUCAUAAAACAAUAUCUCGGGGUCUUCUCCACCUUGGUGUAUCUUGGGAGACCGGAAGCAAUACGCCAUUUUCUCGCAUUGGGCAUGAGCGAUGACCGCCUACCUCUUCGCCUUAAUGAAUUGCCCGACGAAUGGAACCACGAGCUUGACAGAUUCAUAGAGGAGCAAUGGCGCUUCUGCCCGUGGAGGUUCACGGUCCUUGGGAGCGAUCAGAGACAAUUGCCUACCCAGCAAAUAUUGCCUAUUGAAUAUAAAAAGUCCCUUACGACAGAAAACUUGAGUUCAUAUCAGGCACAAGUUCGUGUAGUGAAAAUAGAUAAGGAGUACUCUGAGUUUGAGCAACAGGAAGUGGUUUUCAAGAUUUAUAAAGAACCGGGAAACAUACAACUCUACAACAGAGAAACUGAUGUAUAUACGAGGCUCAGAGCAUUUCCUGAGAUAGCUAUCACAGAAUGCUACGGCUCGUUCGGCUACCCUGGAACCGACACAUGGAUCAUUAUCCUCGAGUAUACUGAAAUCGGCUCUUUACUUAAGUUCUUCGAAAAUUGUAAAACCCCCGUCAGGCCUGAGGAAUACACAAUGCUAUGGGAGCGUCUAACGGAUUUGCUCAACGGUCUCUAUCUUCUACAUAACCAAAGCCUAACCGGGGUUGGACCCCUCACCGGGAUUCACCAAGAUAUUCAACCAGCCAAUAUUUUGGUAUUUCGUCGCCCAGGAAACUCAACCUACGACGUCGUCUUUAAGCUUGCCGACUUUGGCUUGACUGAAUUAGCCAAAAAGGACGAGUACGGUGAGGGCGCUACUGUUCCUACCAAUACAGAAGGAAACCGGAUGUACGUUCUCGAAGCCUCUCCAGAAGCGUAUAGUAAUUCCAAGCUCAAAAGCCAAGCCAGACCCCGUCUUAGCUCCCUUACAGACUUGUGGUCAAUGGGUGCAGUAUUCAGCGAUUUCCUCGUCUGGUCUAUUGGUGGUAAUGGCUUUCGAGAGGACUAUCGCAUAAGAAGAAGAGAUGCCAUUGCAGAGCUACCCUAUUUCAAAGACCGCGGGUGGAGUGCGUGCUUUCACGAUACGUUCAAACGGCUUCCGGCGGUUGAUUCAUUUCAUGAGGAAACCCUGAGACACAAAAGGGCUGGGGACCUCGUGUCUCCCCGUAUGAGUGAGUUCAUUUUGAAGUUCAUGAUGGUAGAACCCAAAGUACGAUUGUUGGCAGGCCAGGCUGAGGGGAGUGCCAAAAAGAUUAUCGAAGAAGCGCAACAAAGUCCCAGGCCAGGGACGCCCGAAAUCAUCAACCAUGCGAACUUACUCAAAAAAACUCAACUGCGCCGGAUUGGCAGGCGGUCAACAGGAUAUACAUAUUCUAUUGGCGAGAGGAAAGUGCCUGUUAGGGAGGUGUACGAUGAAAUAAGAAACAAGACAAACAGGUCAAUCUGGCCCAAGAGGGAAAAGUCGUCACAAGCAGGGAUGAAUCUUCCAGGCAUGCAGGCCGCUCGGAAUAAAGUCAAUGAUCGCAAUGGACGGGACCAGAUUUUUGUCAUUGACGACAGUGAUUCAAUGGCAACGCACAAGAAAGAUGUUGCCAUGACGGCCAGAGUCAUUAGUUAUACUGUCAAAGUAUCGGACAAGAAUGGAAUGGAUCUCUACUUUGCUUCCGAUUCAUGCAUCCCGCAAAACAUACAGCAUAGCACGGACAUCGAACACCGUAUUACCAACAAGCGGACAGUCACUGCAUGUUGCGACAUGAAGAAAUGUCUCGAAGACGUUAUGAAGGGUGUGAAAGCACAAGGAAUGAACCCGACAAGUAUUUACAUUUUCACCGAUGGAGUUUGGGAUUCAGAAAAUGAUCCUGAAGUUGAUAGAGUUAUUCAUGACUCCAUCAAUUAUUUGGUUGAGAAAGGAAAGGAGCCCCAAUACCUCAUGUUUCAAUUUAUUCAGUUUGGUUCCAACCAAGAAGGAUACAAGCGCCUGAAACAUCUUGACGAUGGCUGCAAAAUGAUGGUAGACGGCGUGGAAUAUGACAUUGUCGACACGAAGCAUUGGGAAGAGCAUGUUCCCCGAAUUAUCAUCGGCAGUCUUGAUCGCCAUAAUGACGAUGAUUAA